GCCACACACACACAGCAUCAUUAUCUUCUUCUUUAAAUUACUUUGUAUAUAACUUGUAUUUACUUGUGAGCAUAUUUUAUUCUAUCACCACCACCCCAACUCCCCUUUACUAGAAUAAGCUUGUUAAGGACUGGGGCUGUAUAGGGGUUUUUUUGCUUUUGUUUUCUUGUUUCCUAGUAUCCCUUGCCGUUUAUAUGAUAUAUGUUCAAUAAAUGAGAAUUGAAUUAAAUUGAACUGAGGAGAAAAAACAAGCCCAGUGAUGAAGUAAUUGCUGAACCAAUGGAGAGUUCCUUGAUGAACCUGGCAAUUCCCUGAGCUGGGACAACCUCUAGAGAAAAUACAAGUUGUCUUCUCCCCGCGAUUUUUGUGACCUAAGAGGGGCUGGAUGAGUUUGAGCCCAGGAACUGCCACAAGGAUCCACUGCUUUCUCAUAUGAUGUAAGAUGAACCACGAACACCAUCAUGGAAUGAGCCAUAUGGACGAAAAUAGCAAUAUGGCCCCCCACCAUCAAUCAUCUACAAGCUGUCAUGGUGAGGGAGGAGGAGAUAUGAUGAUGCCCGUGUUGCCUGUGUUGCCCAUUAUGCCCAUGACGCCCAUGACCUUCUAUUUUGGAUAUGAGUAUGUAGAAGUACUGUUUUCUGGAUUAGUGAUCAAUACACCUGGGGAAAUGGCUGGGGCAUUUGUGGCUAUCUUUUUGUUAGCCAUGUUCUAUGAAGGCCUCAAGAUAGCCCGGGAGAUCUUGCUGCAUAAGUCCCAGGUCAGUAUUCGUCAGACCUCCGUGCCAGUCCCAGGACCAAAUGGAACCAUGCUUACGGAAACACACAACAAAACCAAGCAACAGAUGCUGAGUUUCCCUCACCUUCUGCAGACAGUGCUGCUUGUCAUCCAGGUGGUCUUCAGCUACAUCCUUAUGCUUAUCUUUAUGACCUACAACGCGUACCUCUGCAUCGCAGUAGUGGCAGGAGCUGGAACAGGCUACUUCCUCUUCAGCUGGAAGAAGGCAGUGGUAGUGGACAUAACAGAACACUGCCAUUAAUGCCAGACUCUAGAAUGUGGGAAGUAGCUGGAGACUGGGAGCUGAUUUUUAAGUCCUCCCUUUGUCCCUCCAUGACCCCCUGCCUCCCAACACUUGCAAGUCAAGGAGGUUUGCCUACUAACCUCCAAGCUGGAUGGUGCCCUCUCCAAAUUGUUGAUUUCUGCUAUUAGGCUGAGUUCCUCAG